AUCCAAUCGAAAAUCAGGACAAUUUUGCAACGACAAAUUGAACAGUAUGGAUAAUUGAAUAAUUUGCAAAUUUGCCUUUCGUGAGGUGUUGAGUUGUCGUUUUGUUGUCUCGGUUGUUUCCAGUUGUGUCCCGUCUUGUAAUGUUGAUUGUGACUGUAUUAGGUUAGGUUUGGUUAGAUUCUGUAAAGAUCGGAUUCAGUUAGAUUCGCGUUCUGCAAAAUUUUAUAUCAAUUUCGUAGAAUUUUAUAGAAUUUUUAGCUUUCCUCGAGAGCUAAAUUAUGGAAGAAUUAGCGCAGAACCUAACAAAAAUCAACGUUCCUAAAAGGGGUGAUAAAAUUUACAAGGACGAAUGUGUUUACUCCUUUGAUACUCCCGAAAGUUCUACUGGCUUGUAUGUCAGUCUCACCUCGUUUUUUGGCCUCGGCCAGGAUCACGUUGAACGAUAUUUUCGUAAUACUGAGAAUGCUGUUUUUCUUCAUAUCUUGAAGACUAAGAGAGAGAUUCCUACUGAAGAUACAGAUGGACCCGAGAAGAAAAUCACGCGAUUGGCAAUAGGAACACCUGGGGGAUUCAAUCCUGAUCAACAAAAGUACACGUACGAUGAAAGUUACAAGAUAAUCAUCCUACCAAACUUCACGUCUAUAUCCUAUCCUAAUGAUAAAUUGCCUGUGCAGGUGCAAGCGUCAGUUAAGGGGAUUUUGCAAAGUGAAUCUGCACUUAAGAUUGCAGAACAGGAAGCAUUGGCAGGGACUUGGGAUGGUGAAGCUAAAGUUAUAUCAAAGUAUGCUCACAAUCUUGAACAGUUGGACAAUGGGAAAAAGAUUCCUCCAAGUGGUUGGAAAUGUGAGAAAUGCGAGAUGACUCAAAAUCUCUGGCUCAAUUUAGUCGAUGGUUCGAUACUUUGUGGUCGUAAAUUUUUCGAUGGAAGUGGAGGAAACGAUCACGCCGUGGAACAUUAUCGCAAUACUAAUUAUCCAUUAGCUGUUAAAUUGGGAACUAUUACGAAGGACGGAAAAGGCGACGUUUUUUCUUACGAAGAAGACGAUAUGGUUCUAGACCCCAAUCUGAUUCAACACUUGGCGCAUUGGGGAAUUAAUAUUACUCAAAUGGAGAAAACUGAAAAAUCGAUGAUUGAACUGGAAUUGGAUCUCAACCAGAAAUUCGGUGACUGGGUAACGCUUCAAGAAUCGUCUUCUAAAGUUCACGGUCCUGGAUACACAGGACUCGUCAAUCUAGGCAACUCUUGUUAUCUUAAUAGCGUCAUGCAGACGAUGUUUGUGAUUCCAGAUUUUGUCGAUCGGUUUGUUAAUAAAUCAGAAGAUAUAUUUAAUCAAAGCGUACAGGAUCCGCCUAAUGAUUUCAACGCUCAAAUGGCGAAAUUAGGCGUUGGAUUACUCUCUGGAAAAUAUUCUCAACCACCGAAGACUGAAGCAGAGGAGCCCCGGGGAAUUCCGCCUCGCAUGUUUAAAACUUUGAUAGGACGUGGACAUCAAGACUUUGCUUCGAAUAGGCAACAAGAUGCUCAGGAAUUCUUUCUUCACUUGAUCAACCUUUUAGAACAAAACAGUCGUCAUCUAGCAAAUCCAGCGGAAUGUUUUAAAUUCAAAGUGGAAGAGCGUCAUGAAUGUAAUAGCUCUAAGAAAGUUCAGUAUACUACUCGUCCGGAAUUUCUUCUCCCUUUACCAAUGCCACUGGAAGCUGCAAUAAACAAGGAACAAGUUGCAGCCUACGAAGCUAAAAAAACCGAGGCUGAGAAAAAGAACCAAAAAUUAGAAUUCAGUGAGACUGUAAGACCGCGAAUUAAACUUUCUUCCUGUUUGGAAGCCUUCGGCAGAAGUGAAACUAUCGAACAAUUUUACAGCACAGCUUUGAAAGAAAUAACAACCGCUUCAAAAACUACGAGGCUUGCAAGCUUUCCGGAUUACUUGUUAAUCCACUUGAAGAAGUUCAACGUAAAAGAAGAUUGGACGCCAAUUAAACUAGACGUUGAAGUAGAAAUGCCUGACGUGUUGGACUUGGGCUGGUUGCAAGCAAAAGGAUUACAGCCUGGAGAGGAAACGUUACCAGAAGUAGCCGAAACUGAACACCCGCAGAUUGUUCUCGACCCUGCAAUAAUCAAUCAUUUAAGUGAAAUGGGAUUUCCACCCGAGGCUUGUAAACGUGCCGCUUACUUCUCAGAAAAUGGAGGAAUUGAAGCUGCUGCUGCCUGGCUCAUGCAGCACAUCGCCGAUGACAAUAUUGGGGACCCUUUUGUGCCACCUGGCUUAAUGUCCAAGAAAGGGCAAAGUCCAUUUGUACCCAGUGAGGAAGGUUUGGCAACUGUUACGAGCAUGGGCUUCACCAAAGAUCAAGCUACGAAAGCUUUGAAAGCUACAGACAAUAAUGUGGAACGUGCAGUUGAUUGGAUAUUUAGUCAUGCAGCUGAUCUUGAUGGAACAGCGAUGGAGGUUCCAGAAUCGAGGGAAACUUUCCGAAAUGGAAGCAGCAAUUACAAAUUGGUAGGCUUUAUUUCACACAUGGGAACAUCGUCCAUGGUUGGACACUAUGUUUGCCAUUUACUGAAGGAAGGUCGCUGGGUGAUUUACAACGAUGAAAAGGUUGCAGUUUCCGAAAAUCCUCCAAAAGAUUUAGGAUACAUUUACAUGUACCAACGAAUCGAUUAACUAUAGCUUUAAAAGUUGCCAGUUUUUGUAUAAAUAAUUAUUAUAUUUGCAUUUAACAAAAAAAACAAACAUUGUAAUUCAAUCAAGUUGCUGGUCAGACUGUUAACUGAUUUUCCAUUUUAA